AUGUUGAUAAUGGUUGAUAAUCAUGUCUUAUCUCUCAUUAAAAAAAAGUCACAUUUUGCAUCAUAUUUACUUUAAAACGCAACUUUGAUAUUAAUCGUUCUCUAAUUUGAGCGAAUUCCAGUCUUUUUGGGUAAUUUAUUGGAACGAGAUGGCUGCAAUCGAUCUAGAAAAUUUACAAUGGAUAGAGAAACCGCUGUAUGUGCCAAGUUUAAGUGAAAUGGUUGCUGCGCUUUCAACGGGUCUACAAAAGAAUUUUGCAGAAGUAUCAGUAAAAGAGUUGGAAAGUCCGGACUUAACAGCGGAACCGUUCCAUUUGGCUGCAAGUGGAUUGUUUGGAUCACCAACAAUUAUUAAUAUUGCUAGUCCACAGACGGUUGAUCGUACGCAGGUCUACGACGUGGCUAGCAUUGGAAGAAGAGCGAUUCCAAACGCGAAAAGUGUUUUUGUAUGUGGCGCUGGUGCUGGUCCACAUCCUUUAAAUAGUUCACAUUGUGAGGUCAUUUACAAUUUAAAAGCCAAUGAUGAUGGAUCCCUUGUAAAUGAGACUCAUUUUGCUGCCCUUACAGCCGGUGAUGAAUUAUGUGACACAGUCAAGUAUCCACAGGUUCAGUCCAAAUUUGCAUUUUUAGCUAAUUUGUUCGUAUCUGAGGGUCUGCGUGGAAAGGUACUUCAUGUAAAAUGCAAAAAACGCACAGGAAAAAGCGAUUUCAUCACUGCUUGUCGAAAUUCGGUUGGUGAUGCGUUCGGCAAUAAGAAUGUUGGUGUCGGUGGUGUAUUCCUGUUGAAAAAUGGCAACGCAUAUCAACACUUGUUGCGAGAUUUUGUAAAGGCCCGAAAGCACCGUGACGAAUUAGUUGAGAGUCGAUUCAAAUUUUUCGAGAUGCCCGGCACAUUGACCGGCCUUGGGACAUUCGUAUUCGAUGAAAUGGAUUUCGAUUUACGUGUGCAACACUUCCACACAUUUUCAAAUAGUAACUGGGGCGGUCAUUAUCAUUAUGAUACUACACCAGACACCGUGGAAUAUGAAGCAUUCUUUAAUGUUGCCCAUCGACUGAUUCGUGUUGAUCAUGCCACAAACAUAAAGUUGACACAAAACUAAAUUCGUAAAAGAAACUUCUCUAUGAGUUCGACUGUAGAAUUAUACUAUAUUAUAUACCGCAAACAGACAUUAUAUUUAGCUGCCGUCAUCUGGAUAUUACAGCUCAUCUGGAUAUCGUCAGCAGAUGAUAC